GUGUGCCGCACUAUGGGACUCCCAAUCACAGCCAGAUGUGAUACAACCUGGAUUCAAACCAGGGACUGUAAUGAUGCCUCUUGCACUGAUGAGAUGCAGUGCCUUAGACCGCUGCGCCACUCAGGAGUCAAAUACUAGCAUAGUGUAUUUUACUGUACAUUACAUCUCUGGUAAAUGUUUCGAUACUGUGGAAUACAUUUGUUACUAGAUCAGAUACACAGACAAGAGUCUGACUGUUAAACUGCUAGGUGUAUUUGGCCAACAUGAAGAACAUGUCAUUUGUAUUUAAAAAAACAUUACGUAUUUAGUAUGUAAGUAAUCUUGUUUUUUAAAUUAGGCCAUUUUAACAAACCAUGCAACGAAUAACCAUAGAUUUAAUUUAACAUGACCCCGUUCAUACCGUUCUGUGCAAGUUUACAAGCUGAGAUAUGAGCCUAUCUACCUUUGUGUGUGACAGUAUUGUAUGUCAGGUGGGUAUCAUUUUACUGCAGAGAUAUUUGACACCCAGGUAAGGAAGGCACAUAUCUGAAGUCCGGUGACCUGAGAUAGUAAUACACACAGACACACUGGUCCUCACUGCUGCCAGUAACUACAGAACAGGACCAUGGCGUUCAUCGCGAAGACCUUCUAUGAUCUGAAGGCCACGACCCUGGAGGGGAAUUCAGUAGAUUUCAAUGUGUUUCGAGGGCGGGUGGUCCUCAUUGAGAAUGUGGCAUCGCUCUGAGGGACAACCACCCGGGACUACAGCCAGCUCAACUUGCUCCAGAGCAAGUACCCUCACCGGCUAGUGGUCCUGGGCUUCCCCUGCAAUCAGUUUGGCUACCAGGAGAACUGUUCAAAUGGGGAGAUCCUGAACUCAUUAAAGUAUGUGCGUCCAGGAGAUGGCUACCAGCCUGGCUUCACUGUCUUUGAAAAGUGUGAUGUGAAUGGAACCAACACCCACCCUGUCUUUGCCUAUUUGAAAGACAAACUUCCCUAUCCUGAUGAUGAUCCACACACCCUCAUCCAGGAUCCUAAAUUCCUCAUCUGGAGUCCCAUCAGCAGGACAGACAUCUCUUGGAAUUUUGAGAAAUUCCUGGUUGGGCCAGAGGGAGAGCCCUUUAAACGUUACAGCAAAAAAUUUGAGACUAUCAACAUUGAGCCUGACAUUCAAAGACUGUUGAGACUAACCAAGACCUGAAAAUAGCAUGGGAAUGUUCUCCUUGUGUACUACUCAUUCGGUUACACAAAUGACUUCACAUGUAUGAUAGACAGGGACUAUUAUGGCGUCGUCCAUCCUUUUGAGUUUUACUAAAUGAGGUUAAUAUUCUAAAAUCUUGGGAGUAUUAUCUGAGGCCAUGUAAAUGCUCAAGAGUUGUGGGUUAUGCCUUGAUAAGUCUUCUUGCUCAUGUAAUAAAAAUAUGGAAAGCAUCAGCUAUAUUUUUGUAUGCCCUCCAGCAGUGAUCC